GUGACUCAGUAUGCCAACAGCUUUAUGGAAACUCACCUUUGCGCACUAGGUCUCUUUCAUUGAUUUAUACACGCACGAAGUCAACAAACAUGUCAGAACUCAACCCUACCUCUGGACUAUUAGCAGAUAUGGAAAAUGGGACUUUUCUGGAAUUGUAUCCCACAUCAUUCUCGACAUCUAUGGAUUCAUCUUCGGGACGUAUGUCUAAUGUCUAUGUCUAUGUCUCAAUAUUCCUCAGCCUCUUGGCCUUUCUCCUGUUGCUAUUAAUCAUUGCUCUUCAGAGGCUGAAGAACAUCAUCUCUUCCAGCUCUUCCUUUCCAGAAUAUAACAGCGAUGCUGGAAGUUCCUUCACUAACUUAGAAGUUUGUAGCAUUUCUUCCCAGCGGUCUGCUUUUUCAAAUCUGUCUUCAUGAAAAUGCAAAGGGAUACGUUGGAGGAUGGAAUAGCUUCCUCCGACUUUG